AUCUAAUCGUAGCAUCGUACACGCGCGUGUGUUUGUGCGUGUGGCUCCAAGGCGCCGCGAUAAGACGCUCGGUACCAAUUAUCACGUGAGUGUCCUAAGCAUGUGGGUCAGUCGUCAGUGAUUUUCAAGUUGGAUAACUUUUACUCCUUUUACUUGCACGUAUCAAUUGUUGUUGACCGUCAUUUUUCUCGCGUGGCGGUAAAAGAUAUUUAUAAAUGAUGUUGUACAGAAGUCGUUACUUGUUGAGGCAUCUUCGGCCUUUCAUCAGAUUUUAUCACGAGGAAGCGUCCGUCAUAGGCAACACGCAGGACACCAGCUCACCGGUUUAUCAGGAGAAUUACGCGCAAAUGAAAAGUCUUGUUGAUCAAUUGAAGGAGACUGUGGAGAAGAUAGUCGAGGGUGGUGGACAGAAAGCCAAAGACAGACAUACAAGCAAAGGAAAGCUCUUACCACGGGAGCGGAUUAAUACUCUUUUAGAUAAGAAUUCACCUUUCUUGGAGUUCUCGCAAUUGGCGGGCUAUCAGAUGUAUGGUAAGGAGGAGGUGCCAGCAGGUGGAAUCAUUACCGGCAUUGGAAGAAUAGAAGGCACUGAAUGUAUAAUAGUUGUGAAUGAUACUACUGUGAAGGCUGGUACAUAUUAUCCUAUCACAGUCAAGAAGCAAUUACGAGCUCAGGAAAUUGCGGAGGAAAAUAGACUGCCUUGCGUAUAUUUAGUUGACAGCGGAGGCGCAAAUUUGCCCAGGCAGGACGAUGUAUUUCCGGAUAAAAUGCAUUUUGGCAGAAGUUUCUAUAAUCAAGCAAACAUGAGUGCCAAAGGGAUAGCCCAAAUCGCGGUGGUUAUGGGAAGUUGCACAGCAGGUGGUGCAUACGUUCCUGCCAUGGCGGAUGAAAAUAUAAUUGUUGGUAAUCAAGGUACAAUAUUUCUGGCUGGCCCACCACUGGUAAAAGCAUCAACCGGUGAAGAGGUCUCGGCGGAGGAUCUGGGCGGAGCUGCGCUUCAUUGUCGGCAAUCUGGCGUGACCGAUUAUUACGCGAUAGACGACACGCAUGCCUUGCAUCUUGCGCGUCGAAUUGUAAAAUAUUUAAAUCUGCAACCGCCUAUGGAUGUGAAAAUCAGUAAAAACAUCGAAUUGCCCGUACACGCCAUCGAUGACAUUUAUGGCAUCGUCGGAACGAAUCUGAAACGUCCGUACGACGUGAAAGAAGUUAUCGCGAGGAUCGUGGACGGGUCGAAGUUUCACGAAUUUAAAGCGCAAUACGGCGAAACCUUAGUCACGGGAUUCGCUAAAAUUUACGGCUAUCCUGUCGGCAUAGUCGCGAACAACGGUGUAUUGUUUUCGGAAAGUGCUUUAAAGGGAGCUCAUUUUGUGCAGCUUUGCGCUCAGAGAAAAAUCCCUCUUAUUUUUCUGCAAAAUAUUACAGGAUUUAUGGUGGGUAGAGACGCAGAAUUGGGAGGUAUCGCCAAAAAUGGCGCUAAAAUGGUAACGGCGGUAGCAUGCGCACAGGUGCCAAAGAUCACAGUAAUAAUUGGAGGUUCUUAUGGUGCUGGAAACUACGGAAUGUGCGGUCGAUCUUAUUCUCCACGUUUUCUUUACUCCUGGCCAAACGCUAGGAUAUCUGUAAUGGGAGGAGAACAAGCAGCGAGCGUGUUAGCGCAAAUCACCAAGGAUCAACGUGCAAGAGAAGGCAAACAGUGGACUCAAGAAGAGGAAGAUAAUCUCAAGAAUCCUAUCAUAAAACAGUUCGAGAAAGAAGGCAAUCCAUAUUACUCCAGUGCUAGAUUGUGGGAUGACGGUGUGAUCGAUCCGGUGGACACGCGAGUCGUACUCGGUCUGAGUUUGUCAGCAAGUCUGAACGCGCCUAUACUUGAUUCUAAAUUCGGGAUUUUCCGAAUGUAGCACAAGUACAGAACGCGUGAAAGUAUAUCCUGAAAGUCCAAUAUUACUGUUAAACUUUAUACAUCUUUUUAUAUAUUUGCAAUUUUUUAUUUUUGCGAUUUUAUAUUUUAUACAUGUAUACAUGGUAAACUAUAUAGAAACUCUAUUUUGUAAAAAAUAUUUUUCUACCGUUGUUACACAUUCCAAAUAUAUGUUAUAUUUUA